GCUGUCCAGGGACGAGGUGCUGAAAACUGCCUGGACUCGUCAUUUGCGCUGCAUCUUUUGAGGCACCAUGAGGCCGCACACAUCAUAAAAGCAAAAGGAAAUUAUACUUGAAUUAUAUGGAUUGGUUUCACAAUAGGGCAUGCUAGUUUACGAUUCCGUCGGUAUUUUUCGUGAGAGGAGGAGGGGCAGUAUCUCGGAGAUUUUCGGAUUUAAUGCGGAACGUAGCGCACUGUAAGUUCGGCGGUUGCAGUAGCAUAUAACCGGGGAGAAGACAUACAGAGGGAGGUAGUAAGACCGAGCGGUAAGGAGAUACCGAGUGUGGAGUGGAGACGUGGUAAGUCAACACAUUGGAAUCAACCAUAGCGAAAUGAAAACAACAAUUCCUAUCUUUCCUGAAAAAAGAAGCAGCUCUUGAUGCGCUAUGCGCUCUGCACAUAGAGCUUAAUUUAUGCAUUAAUUAGUUGAAAUGAUUGGAGCAUUGUGGAGUCACUCCCGUUGGACAUAUGAACGUGUUUCAUCAACGUGAACGCGGAAGCACAACCACACAAACACGCAAGCAAAGUAUCUCUGCUUCUCAGCAGGAUGUCCUGGUCUCUGAACCUCCUGCGCCCUCUGCCUCCCUGCGUGGAACUGGGUGGGCCUCCCCUAAGCAGUCUACUCUGGACCCUGCUGAUUCUGUUCCUCUGGUACUGCUACCGGGUCGGUUCAGAUCCUCCGUCUUGCCGAAACCAUGUCGGGGGGCUCAAAUCCAGCUCCGCCCGGUCAGCUCUGUCCUGCUCCUCCAGCCGCUGCCCCGUCGACCCCAGAUGCUCCGCCCCUAAAGCGUCCCCAGCCAUCGCCAUGGAAACAUGCGAGGAAGAAGGAGCAGAGAGCUACCUCACACCUGUGCUAAGCCACGCCCCUUUCCCGUCCCAGGCCGCAGCAGGAAGCAGGAAGUUGUAUGUGGCACUGCAGGAGUACGCCAAGCGGUACAGCUGGGCCGGCAUGGGCCGCAUCCACAAGGGUCUGCGCAUCCAGGCCAGGAUGAAUGAUCGUUCCUCCAUUCAGAAGCCUCAUCUCUUCUACCUCCCUGAUGUACCCAGCAUCCCCUUCUACCCUCGCGAUGCUCAUCGCCAUGACAUUGAGGUCCUGGAGGCCAGCUAUCCCAUAAUCCUUGCUGAAUUCCAGGCAGUCUACCAGAGAGGCAUAGACACAAAGUUGGGGUGGAUAUACCAAGGGCCUAAGGGACAGGCAGUGUUCCCACUCUAUAACGCCGGUGUGUGCGUGGUAGGUAACUGUCGUGCAUGUCCAUGUACAUACCGAACCCUGCUCUCCCUCAGGACCUUCAUCAGCAGCAACUCCCUUGGGGCAGCGGGCUUCUGGCUCCUGGGCCCCGGAGCCUCACUGACUGGAGCUUAUGGCCCCACCAACACACGGCUACGCUGCCAUCUGGGGCUGCAGACCCCUGCACAGUGUGAGCUGGUGGUCGGUGGUGAGCCUCAGUGCUGGUCUGAGGGACACUGUCUCUUAGUGGAUGAUUCCUUUCUACACACCAUCUCGCAUAAUGGUGGGGCUGAAGUCGGGCCAAGGGUGAUUUUUAGUGUGGAUCUCUGGCACCCAAAUGUUGCAGCAGCAGAGCGACAAGCUCUGGACUACAUCUUUGCUCCUGAGCAGUAAUCACCUACACAUCUCAGAGUUCAGCCAGUUCACCAACACGGGAUAAGAUGGUGUCUGACAGAAAGCCUAGAAGCUUCUCACACAGCUGAAUGGGUCAGCUUUCUAAUCUACCAAAAAAAACAAAAAAAAGCAUAAAAACAAGACUAAAUUAUCAUUCCACCAUGUGACCACAUAUUUAUUUGUGUGUUUCCACUUUGUAUCUGAUAGUAUUUUACAAAGUGUUUCUUCAAUGGUGAGAAGUCCUUUCCCUGACCCCCACCCCCACAGAGAUCUAAAUCUGACAUGCACAACCAAAUACUGUGAACACUGUACACAAGCUCUAAAUAUCUUCAUGACUCUUUUUGAUUUGUGCCUGUGUUGAUAACGCCGAUCUCUUCUAUCUUUUUGUGCCUGAUUUCUUCACUCAAUUGUGACUCCUAUACUAAUAUAUACUGUGACUCAAGCUAUUCCGUCAAUACUGUAUGUAUAUUGCACAUACAUCCGUGAGGAUGCGGAGGUUGGUUUUCAGGUGUUUUGUUUUUAGACCCAUUCUGUGAAGCACACAGCUAAGCAAAGGUGUGUUUAAUCAGACUGCAUGUGUGUGUUGUGAAGCCUGACUCUGCAGCUAAUAUGAUGCAUCUGAACUGUUUCCCUUGCAAAGAAAAUAUGUAAUCAGCUAAAGGUGUAUUCUCUAAAUAAAGAUUUUUGUUAAU